AUGCCUGACUUAAAAGGAAAAGUGGCCAUCAUAAUUGGUGCCUCGGCAGGCAUUGGCGAAAGCACGGCAAAGCAUUUUGCCUCCCUCGGUUGCUGGCUCACUCUGUUUGCGCGGAACGCAGAUAAUUUAGAAAAGGCAGCAGAGGCUUGCUGCGCAUUGGGCCUUCCUCGAGACAAGGUGCUUGUUGUACCCGGAGACAUGGCGGUGGAAAAGGACUGCGCCAAUGUUGUGCAGAAGACAAUGAAUCACUUUGGAAAAAUCGACAUCCUAAGUCUGGAGAAAAUUGCCAGCAGUAAACACGCCCUUGGACGAAUAGGUACACCGGAGGAAGUUGCUCACUCCAUCGCCUUUCUGGCAUCCGAUGACGCAGCGUUUGUCACGGGAAUCACCAUGCCCGUCGAAGGCGGAUUGCUUCUUCUAUCCAGUAUCUCGGAUGUCCCCAAAAUCCUGGAUGCUCAGAAGACUGCUUGA